AUGCCUCUCCGCGCCAAAAUCACCAACCCAGCGUUCGCUGUGCAACGAACCAUGGCAAGCUCGUCCCCCAGGAUAGAUUCCCUCCCAACUGAUGAACCACGCGAUGUCCUCUUCAACUCCCACCUCGGCCUUCGCACCAUUACGCUUAACCGACCCAAGAAGUUGAACAGCUUAAACGGAAGCAUGGCCCGCAAAAUCGUCCCCCGUCUCCAAGAAUGGCAGAAGUCCCAACUCGCCAACGUCGUAGUCAUUAAAGGCGAAGGACGAGCCUUUUGCGCUGGAGGCGAUGUCGCGGCCUUAGCACUACAGAACAAGAAAGGCAAGGAGGGCCAGCAGGAGAGUAAAGAUUACUUCGCCCUGGAAUAUAAACUCGAUCAUCUCAUUGCGACAUACCCGAAACCAUACGUAGCCUUCAUCGACGGCAUCACAAUGGGCGGAGGCGUAGGAUUGUCCCUGCACGCCCCCUUCCGAAUCGCAACAGAAAACACCGUCUUCGCCAUGCCGGAAACCACGAUCGGAUUCUUCCCGGACGUAGGAGCAUCCUUCUUCCUCCCACGCAUGGACGGUGAAGUAGGCAUGUUCUGCGCCUUGACCUCCGAACAAUUAAAAGGCGUCGACGUUUUCUGGGCGGGGAUAGCAACACACUACCUUCACUCCUCCUCCCUCCCAGAUCUAGAGGCGCGGCUGGCGGAACUCCAAUUCAAGGACUACGAUUCCCUGCAACAUCGCCUGCAGAUUAUCGACUCCACGAUCGAAGAAUUCUGCACGGGGCUCCCGCACGAUAAACCGCCCGGUUCCUCGGUCGUCGGUGGGAAUACGAGAGCAGCAAUCGACUACGUCUUCCAACCCGUCAACACCAUCUCCGAAGUCCUAGACGCACUGACCGGGCUCGAGGAAAACGCCUCCGGGACCGCGCCGCAGGAGGUCCAGGAUUGGGCGAAGCGGACUAAGGCGACGAUUUUGUCAAGGAGUCCGACGAGCGUGAGGGUUACGAUGAGGCAAUUACGUAAGGGCAGGGGGUGGAAUAUCGCGGAGACUUUUGCAAGGGAGGGGAUUAUUGCGGAUCGGUUCAUGGAACAUCCUGAUUUCGUGGAAGGGGUGAGCGCGUUGUUGAUCAAUAAACCCAAGACGAAACCGAACUGGUCGCCCGCCACUCUCGACCAAGUCUCCGAUAAGGCCGUCGCGGAAUUCUUCGACCCGGAACCCAGACUCGAACUCCUCAAUACGUCUGAAUCUUCUCGCUAUACGGAUUACCCGCACGCCUUCAUCGGGUUGCCGAGGGAAGGGGAGGUGGGGGAGUUUGUCCGCAGUGCGAAGGCGGAGACGACGAGGGAGGAGGUCGUGGAGGCUUUUGUUAAGGCGAGGGGGGGGAAGCAGGGGGUUAGGGAGAAGGUGGGGGAGAUUUUGGAGAGGAAGACGGAGAUGGGGAGGGAGGGGGAGGGAGGUGAGGGGGGGGAGGGGGUGAUGAGUUGGAAGAGGUAG